CUUCCCCAGCUUCGCUUUCAGGUGGGGCUUCGAAGGUCGGUGCCGAAAACCUGGGCUGGUCUUUUUGGUUUGGAGUCUGUGCUUUUGACGGGCAGUCUUGGUCGGAGGAGGUACGUUGUAGAAAAGAAGGAAAAGCUAGGUGUCCUGGCAGUUAAAAAUUUCUGUGGUGGCUUCUCCGUCUGAAGAAUCAAUGAGCUGGUGUGGGCAGGCAACUGCAAUGGAAGUUCAUCAAGGUACAACAGCUCACUGAGGCAGACUUUCAGUGGUUGCACUUGCCAAGGCUGCCUUCCAUGCCCCACUGUUUUCUCUUAGGAGCAGGAACGCGCCGUCUUGCAGCUCUGCGCCCACCCCUCGUACUUCGAGAAGCUCAAUCAUUCUUCACGCGACUGGUUCCAUCUCUGUCGCCUGCAACUUGCUCCCAACAAAGUUAAAAUCUCAUCUUUCACACACCAUCACUGAUUCCACACAGAUUCAAUUGAUAGCUACAGAGCCCAUCAUCAUAUUAUACGACAUCACAACCUACAACAUGGCACAACAACCGCUCCCCUCGUCGGUACAACCGACGGACGUCUAUGGCGGAGACGAAGUCUCUGCCAUCGUCCUUGACCCAGGCUACAUCAACACCCGUGCCGGCUUUGCGGGCGAAGAAAUGCCUAAGCAGGUUCUCCCCUCGUUCUACGGCCAUAUCACCUCCUCCAAUCGCGAUGUCUUCGGCGACCAGGCAAUGUAUCCCCGUGCUGACUUCGAAAUCCGCAAUUACAUGAACCGCGAUAGCGUCGUGGAGGACUGGGAUGCCGCCACCAAGAUCUGGGAGCAUGCCCUUGUCAACCGCCUGGGCAUCCCCCGCCCAACCCCGCCCAGCAAAAACGGCCUGAACAACAAGCCCAAACCAGCAGCUGAGGGCGAAGAUGUGGAAAUGGCCGACGAGGCUGAUUUAGACGAGACGGAAAACUACGAAAAGCCCAUGGCGGAGAAUCCGCUGUUGAUGACAGAGGCGGCAUGGAACUCACCAAAGCAGAGGGAAAAGGCCAUUGAGAUUUGCAUGGAGAAUUGGGCGUGUCCUGCGUUUUGGCUGAGCAAGACCCCGGUGCUGGCUGCCUUUGCAGCGGGGAAGGCGACAGCCUUGGUGUUGGACGUGGGAGGGUCUAACACCAGUGUCACGGCGAUUUUUGACGGCAUGGUGCUGAAGCGGAGCGUCCAGCGGUCGCCUGUUGGCGGUGUAUGGCUCAGCAGCCAGAUCAGGUCACUCUUUGAGGCCAGCGAGCCCAAGGUGGAGGUUGUGCCUACUUUUAUGGUGGAAAACAAGAAGCCGGUGGAGGCUGGGCAACCUGCUGACGCCAGGCUGAAGACUUUUGAUUUCCAGAUUUCACCCUCCUUCAGGGCCUAUGAGGAGGAGAGAGUCUUGAAAGAGUUCAAGGAGUCUGUGGUAGAGGUUUGGAGGGGCCCUGGGAGAUACCUCGCGCCAGGAAACGAGGACUACGCCAAGAACCUGCCUGGCCGUGUGUUUGAGAUGCCAGAUGGCAGCAAUCAGAUGUGGCGCGAGCAACGCUUCAAGGUUGCCGAGGGCAUGUGGGACGACAACGCUGCCUUCCCCAGCGCCACCGAGGAAGGAAAGAUCACCAAGGCCCAGACUGUGCCCGGCUUGAUCAAGGCAGCACUCGACUCCAUCGACGUCGACGUUCGACCUGCCCUUUUGGCCAACGUUGUCGUUACCGGGAGCACAAGCUUGUUGCCAGGGUUCACCGACCGCCUGAACCACGAACUUACAGCCAUGUUCCCCAGCGUCAAGGUCAAGCUUCACGCCGCCGGCCUCAGCAGCGAGAGGCGGUUCGGGGCCUGGAUAGGUGGCAGCAUCCUCGGGAGUCUGGGCACAUUCCACCAGAUGUGGAUCUCACGAAAGGAAUACGAGGAGAACGGGCCUGGGAUCGUGGAGAAGCGCUGCAAGUAGGGUGGUCGGCCAACCCGACUUUGAUGGAGAGGAAGGUGAAGAUGUCAAAAAAAAGCUCGCAACGGUGUAUGCUUGAAGGUAAGCGAAACCCUGGAGAGGAGGAGGAAAAGAAGACGAAGGAGGUCGAGGAGGAGGAGAAAAGGAAGUGGAAAAAGUCAAGGAGGAGAAGAGGCAAGCAGGGAGGAGGGGAAGGGGAAGAGGAAGAAAGUAGCUGAGGAGGAGGAAAAGACGUAGAGGGAUGAAGCACCUCCAAGGGGGGUUGGCGUAAGGGCGUAGGGGUAGGGGUAGGGCAUGCGUUGGCGUUAUGUGAAAUUUGAGUGAGCCAAGUGAAAAAAGGGGGGGUGGAUUAUUCCGGGGGCACCUCUCUUUGAUCGAACGAGGAGUCAGCGUAGGGGAAAAGACCGUGGUCACUAAAAAGGUCCAGCGCUGGUUUUGACUGUUUCAUUUCAGGUGCUCAACGAGCCUUGUUCUGGGUUUUUAGUUCUUAGAAAAUAAUACGGCA